UGAUAUUUAUUCGAAGAUUUCGUUAUUUUCUGUAAAACGCUGUUUCGAGGGAAAAAUUAUGAAUCAAGAAUGGUUUAACUGGAGGGCGUGGCCGACGACGUCAUUGAGAUCCGGAUGACCGAAAGAUGAGGGAAGUCAAAAUGGCGGAACUCAAAAUCGAAGCUCCUUUAGCAAAGACGGAAGAAUGGACGGAUUAUUGUGAAUAUGAAAAUACCGACGAUUAUGAAAACUUCAACAAAGAUACAUACAAAAGCCCUAAUGCAAACGAUGGAUUCGUGGAUAAUUUCAGUGAUACGUUCUCCACGUCACUCGAGGAUCUGGUAAAUACUUUCGAUGAUAAAAUUACUAAAUGCUUCUGUAAUUACGAUGAAAAAGUCGAGAAAUUUGCACCCGUUCAAGUCCGAAGUCAAGAAGAGAUCAUGAAUGAAUGCCAUGAUUCCUUCACGGUGCUUGGCUAUUCGAAGGAUUGUUGCUAUUAGAAAAAUACCUGAAUUCAUUAUAUAUAUAU